AUGAGUACGAGCGAAGUUCACCUGGACCAACGAGCUGCAGCCACGGCUUGGGGAGCUCCUUCCGGCCCGCCCCCUAGCGGGGGGGGCCGCCCCGUUGCCUACCUAGCAUGGGCCGAGGGCGGGGAUUUCGGGGCGGCGGGGGCGCGGCGCGCAGCAGAGCUCAAGCAGCGGCAGACCGGAGCAGGACAGAGGCCCGAGGUGCUCAGCAUGGCUCGCCUAGUGUUCGGUCUGGUGAGCUGUACCUUCUUUCUAGCAGUGAAUGGUCUAUAUUCUUCUAGUGAUGAUGUGAUUGAAUUAACUCCAUCAAAUUUUAACCGAGAAGUUAUUCAGAGUGACAGCUUGUGGCUUAUAGAAUUCUAUGCUCCAUGGUGUGGCCACUGCCAAAGAUUAACACCAGAAUGGAAGAAAGUAGCAACGGCAUUAAAAGGCACUGUAAAAGUUGGUGCAGUUGAUGCAGACAAACAUCAGUCCCUUGGAGGCCAGUAUGGUGUUCAGGGAUUUCCUACCAUCAAGAUUUUUGGAUCCAACAAAAACAGACCUGAGGAUUAUCAGGGUGGCAGAACUGCUGAAGCCAUUGUAGACUCUGCUGUCAGUGCCGUGCGGCAGCUCGUCAAGGACCGUCUUGGAGGAAAGAGUGGAUAUAGUUCUGGAAAACAAGGCAGAAGUGAGAGUUCAAGUAAGAAAGACGUGAUUGAACUGACCGAUGACACCUUUGAUAAGAAUGUCCUUGAUAGUGAUGAUGUUUGGAUGGUUGAGUUUUAUGCUCCUUGGUGUGGACAUUGCAAAAACCUAGAACCCGAAUGGGCUGCUGCAGCUACAGAGGUCAAAGAGCAAACAAAAGGAAAAGUGAAACUAGCAGCUGUAGAUGCCACUGCCAAUCAGCUUCUGUCCCAGCGGUAUGGAAUUAGAGGAUUUCCAACAAUCAAGAUCUUUCAGAAAGGCGAGUCUCCUGUGGAUUAUGAUGGUGGUCGGACAAAAUCCAACAUAGUUUCACGAGCCUUAGAUUUGUUUUCUGAUAAUGCCCCACCUCCUGAGCUGCUUGAGAUAAUUAAUGAAGACAUUGCCAAGAAGACAUGUGAAGACCACCAGCUCUGUGUAGUGGCUGUGUUGCCCCAUAUUCUUGACACUGGAGCUGCAGGCCGAAAUUCUUAUUUGGAUGUUCUUCUGAAGUUGGCAGACAAAUACAAAAAGAAAAUGUGGGGGUGGCUGUGGGCGGAAGCUGGAGCCCAGAAUGAACUUGAGAGUGCGCUGGGAAUUGGGGGGUUCGGAUACCCUGCCAUGGCCGCCAUUAAUGCUCGUAAGAUGAAAUUUGCUCUUCUCAAAGGAUCUUUCAGUGAGCAGGGAAUUAAUGAGUUUCUCAGGGAGCUUUCUUUUGGGCGUGGAUCUACAGCACCUGUAGGAGGUGGAGCUUUCCCUAAAAUAAGUUCUAUAGAGCCUUGGGAUGGAAAAGAUGGUGAGCUUCCUGUGGAAGAUGAUAUUGAUCUCAGUGAUGUGGAGCUUGAUGACUUAGGGAAGGAUGAGCUGUGA